AUGUUCCGCACACUGUGUGCCGUCGGUGCUGUGUUUCUUCUGAUGGGAUUUCUUCUACCAGCAGCAGAAGCAAGAAAGAGGAAUCGUGGCUCUCAAGGUGCUAUCCCUCCUCCUGACAAAGAUCAGCCCAAUGAUUCAGAGCAAAUGCAGACACAACAGCAGUCAGGCUCUAGGCAUCGAGAACGAGGAAAAGGCACCUCGAUGCCUGCUGAAGAAGUGCUGGAGUCUAGCCAGGAGGCCUUGCACAUCACGGAGCGUAAAUACUUAAAGCGAGAUUGGUGUAAAACUCAACCUCUCAAACAAACUAUCCAUGAAGAAGGCUGCAACAGUCGUACCAUUAUCAACAGGUUCUGCUACGGCCAGUGCAAUUCAUUUUACAUCCCUAGGCAUGUCCGUAAAGAGGAAGGCUCCUUCCAGUCUUGUUCCUUCUGCAAGCCCAAGAAAUUCACCACCAUGACUGUUACACUCAAUUGCCCAGAGCUUCAACCCCCAAGAAAGAAGAAAAGAAUCACCCGAGUUAAGGAAUGCCGGUGUAUAUCUAUUGACUUGGACUAA